GAGGGGGUCUCCCCCCCCCCCCACCCCCUCCCCGUGCGAGGUGAGGCAUCAAACUAACACCGGGCGUCUUAUGGAGGAGGACGGGGGGGGGGGGUGGAGCCGUCUGAGAGGAUCCUCCUAUUGAGUUGCAAAUGAGCUUGUAAUUAGCCUUUACACAUUUGCCUGGGGGGGGAUUAAGUGUGCGUGUGUGCGUUUCCAAGCCAUUUUCCCUGCCACCGUGUUAAGCAGAUCAUCCUAAUUACUUCUCCUCCCAAUUGCUUGUUAAUUGUCUUCACUGAGGAUUUAUGCGGCAUGCUGAGAGCGGGCGCGGGGGCGCGGCCCCCGCUCGGGCCCAUGGGCAAAAUCAUUUGUUGCGGUCAUCGCCAUCGGGAGGCUCCAGUUGAAGCCACUCAAGCGGGCCAACACUGACGACAAACGAGUUUUGUUUGUGUGUCAGGUGGGGGGGGGGGGGUGCUGAAGAGUGCAGAUGUUCCAAUGAUGAUGCUGAUGAUGCUAAUCUGCUUUGCCGCAGCUCAUCCUUUGACCUGACGGCAACCUCUCGGGCCACGAAGGUGCCCCGAAAGAAUCGAUGGGCGCGCUCUUUGGCCGCUUGAUCCGUCGCCGGCUCUCUCCGUCCCGACUGCGCUGAAGCUAAUCGUCCAAACAAGCUGAUGAGCUGCGUGUGUCACCUCAGGGUAGGGUAGGAGAGGGAAGGGCACCGCCCCCCCACCCCCCUGGCGCCCGCCCCCUCUAAUCCUUCUUCAAACUAGCGCAGGGCUGCUAAUUGCACGGCGCUAUAAAUACCUCCCAUCCGGCGGCGGCCCCCGGCUUUUUUGCGCCACAGCGGCCCCCCGCGCAGCAUCUCGCUCCUCCUCGACUUGCGACAUGUUCCCGCCGCCCGUCUUCACGGGCGAGCAGGUGGCCCGCGUGUGCGAGAACCUGGAGGAGACGGGCGACAUGGAGCGCCUGGCCCGCUUCCUGUGGUCCCUGCCGGCCGGGCAGGCCCUGAACCGCCACGAGUCGCUGAUGCGCGCCCGAGCCUUGGUGGCGUUCCACAGGGGCGACUUCGAGGCGCUCUACCAAAUCCUGCAAAGUCACCGCUUCACGCGGGAGUCCCACGCCAAGCUGCAGGACCUGUGGCUGGACGCGCACUACCGGGAGGCCGAGAGGCUCCGGGGGCGACCGCUGGGUCCGGUGGAGAAGUACCGCAUACGCAAGAAGUUCCCUUUGCCCCGGACCAUCUGGGACGGCGAGCAGAAGACGCACUGCUUCAAGGAGAGGACGCGCAGUUUGCUGCGAGAGUGGUACCUCCAAGACCCUUACCCCAACCCGUCCAGGAAGAGGCACCUGGCCCAGGCCACGGGACUCACGCCCACCCAGGUUGGCAACUGGUUCAAGAACCGCCGCCAACGAGACCGCGCCGCCUCCGCCAAGAACAGGCUGCAGCAGGAGCCGGCCCUCCUGCCUUCGGACCGGGAGUGCCCCCCCCGCCUGCUGGUGUCCUCCCCCCGCAACCUGGGCAGCCCCGAGGCCAGCGACUGCAGCACGGAGACCGAGCGAAGGGGCGCCGGCGCCUCCACGCCGGACAUCUCCGUCAGCGGCGACAGCGAAUUUGAGUCCUGAAACGGCGCGCCGCCGCGACGGCCUCCGGCGAGGUCCGGACUGUCUCGUGACGGGGGCCGGGAUGUCACGCUAGAGACGGGACAAAAACCCCCGUAACAAAGCGACAAACGGCACGCGCUUCCACAAGCCCCGUGACUUUGAGCGCAUCUGGUCGUGGAAAAGGGCUCUUGAGAAAGAAGCCCCGUGCUCUUAAAGUGUUUCUCGUCGCAGUGCCUGGCUCCGCAAAAGUACUCUCGCUCCGUACUUCAAAGUAGAAGUACGGAGACUUGUGUUCAAAGUAUUCAUUCACCUCCUUUAUUGAAGUCACAAGUACCGACUCUGGCUUGGACUGAAGUACAAUCAAGGAAUUUUUCACGUCGGUUCCAUCCCGUAUUCGUUUUGUCAAUUUGCUGUCAUGGGGAAAACAAAAAAAAUCCUGCACAAAAAUAAUUUCUCUUUUAUUCUUCUUCUUAUUUUUUGAAUGAACUUACAUAGUGUGUUGACUAAAAAAAAAUAAAUAGCGAAACGUACCCCCCCCCCCAAAAAAAAGUCUUGUAGCUAGCUAGCGCUCAAAGCAUAGCGAACAUGUCACUGCCUUAACAGGAAGCAACUCAGGGCACCCCCUCACCAUGUUUACUGCUGACGUCACGCCACGCGUUGUUGUUGUUGUUUUUUUUUUUUUAAGCCGCUCCCAGUGCGGCGACGGUCGGAGGAGAGUCUCGGCGACGCGCGCCACCGGCGGACGAUCUUUCCUCAAGGAAAAAAAAAAAAAGGAAGCUGUGUUCAUGGCAAUAAAUGAAAUAUAUUUCUAUCCAAA